UGUUUAACCAUCUUUAACCCUGUUUAAGGUUUGCAGGUUCUGAGUGGUGGUGGAGACUACAUCAGGAAUGCGUCUCCUCAGCGACACUGGUGAGAGGAGCCGGAGCUGCUGACAGAGCAGGUUGUUGGUAGACUGAUACCAGUGUUUGUGUGAUUAAAUCCUGAACCCUGGGAAAGUCCAGUUAUCUGCAGCUGAACACGGACUCGUUAACAGCUCAGUCAGCAUCUUCGCCCUCUGAAGCCCUGUUUGCAGGUGGGACAGCUGCGUCGUUACCAGCGCAGACGUGGGACCGACCCACCUGUCGUGUGACAUUUUAAGAGGCCGGAACCCUGAAGCGUGACUCAGUGGAACCCACGCAGGACGAUGAGAGGCCUUUGGCUGCUGCUGCUGCUGCUGCUGGCGGCGUCCUCUGCUCAGAGGCUCUUUGUGGGAGAUCAGGUCAUCAGGAUCAAUGCAGAGUCAGAGGAACAGAUCCAGCUCCUGCAGGCUCUGGAGACACAGGAGGAGUGGGAGCUGGAGUUCUGGCGCCGCCCGGUCUCCACUGGGCUUCCUGUCGACGUCCGGGUUCCUCGGGGCAGUUUGGAGCCAGUGAGGAGCUACCUCCUCGCCCACGACCUCCCCUUCAGCGUCCUCAUUAGCAACCUUCAGGAGCUUCUCAAUGAGGAGAAAGCUGAAAUGGAGCGGAACCAGAAGCUGGAGCUCAGCACCAGGAGCAUCAACUUUGCAGCCUAUCACACCCUGGAUACGAUCUACAGCUGGAUGGACUCGCUGGUGGCCCAGCAUCCCGGUCUGGUCACCAAGGAGGAAGUGGGCCGAUCGUAUGAGGGCAGACCCAUGUAUGUGCUGAAGUUCAGCACCGGCUCCGACCGGCCGGCCAUCUGGAUCGACACAGGAAUCCACGCCAGGGAGUGGGUGUCUCAGGCGACCGGCGUGUGGACAGCCAACAAGAUUGCCACAGAUUACGGCUCAGACGCUUCCCUCACCUCCCUCCUGAACUCCAUGGACCUUUACCUGCUGAUCGUGGCCAAUCCUGACGGCUACGUCUACACCCACACCAGAGACCGCAUGUGGCGCAAGACGCGCUCCGUGAAUCCCGGAUCCGCGUGCCGCGGAGUCGAUCCCAAUAGGAACUGGGAUGCUGGAUUUGGUGGCCCCGGCGCCAGUACCAACCCCUGCUCGGACUCCUACCACGGCCCGGCCGCUCACUCUGAGGUGGAGGUGAAGAACGUGGUGGACCUGAUCACGAGUCACGGCAACUUCAAGUCCUUCAUUUCGGUCCACGCCUACUCGCAGCUGCUCAUGUACCCGUACGGCUACAGCUGCAGCCACGUUCCCGAUCAGCCGGAGCUGGACUCCGUUGGCAGAGCAGCGGCCCAGAAACUGGCUUCACUCUAUGGAACCAGUUACAGAGUUGGAAACAUCUGCAACAUCAUCUACCCAGCCAGCGGCGGCAGCAUCGACUGGUCCUACGACGCCGGCAUUAAAUACUCCUUUGCGUUGGAGCUGAGGGACACCGGGCGCUACGGGUUCCUCCUGCCAGCGAGUCAGAUCGUCCCCACGGCCUCCGAGACCUGGUUGGCUCUGAAACACAUCAUGGAGCACGUCAGGGACCAUCCUUAUUGACCCCUGGAAGGAAGAGCAGCACCAGCUCCUCAUUAGCAUCAUUCACCAGUAAAAUCAUAACCAACAAUCAUUGUCGUUUCAGCUUUGAAAAACUGUUAUUUGAGUUUAGGGUUUUUAAUCAGAUUUUAAAGCUUCACACAAACGUGACCCUUGAAUGUAAUAACUAAUAAGAACAAUAAAUAUUUGGCCAUUUAUCCUCAA